AUGUUAGGGGUCCAGGCAAAGCCAACCGGGUCUCCUGCCAUUGGAAACAGCACUGAAGGCAGCCCAACUGCAGAGCCAGAAACACGGAAGCUACGUUUGGUGGAUGGAAGAAGCAACUGUUCUGGCAGAGUGGAGGUUGAAUACAACGGUACCUGGGGCACCAUAUGUGAUGACAACUGGGACCUGGCUGAUGCUGGAGUUGUGUGCCGGCAACUGCAUUGCGGCUGGGCUCUUCAGGCUCCUAUUGCCUCUCAUUUCCAGAAGGGGACAGGCCCCAUCUAUUUGGAUGAAGUGAAGUGCUUGGGGAAUGAGUCUUUUCUGUGGGACUGUCCAUCCGAGAGGAACCAUGACUGUGGACACAAGGAAGAUGCCGGUGUAAUAUGUUCAGAGCACCAGGAGUGGCGGCUGUCAGAAGGACUAGAUGCUUGUGCCGGCCGAGUGGAGGUUUAUUACCGGGGCACCUGGAACACUGUGUGUGAUGGCAACUGGUACCAGGAUGAGGCUGAUGUGCUCUGUCACUCAUUGAACUGCAGUGAGAAGGCCUCAGUCCCGAGAGUGCCUUUCAACCACACGCUGAUGGGCAAGAUGUACUAUGACUGCUCCGGAACAGAAAACUCGCUUGCCAGCUGCAGCUGGCUCUACAACAAUAGCAAUGUGUGCGCUGCCCAGUUUGGAGCUGCUGGUGUGAUCUGCAAUGGAACUCAAUACAAAGGCUCACAGGGUUUGGCAGGCCCUGCAAACACACAAGCGACAGAAGCAGUGACUCCAGUCUCCCACCUGACCAGUCCACGUUGGACUGCACCUGAGAACUUAGAUGUUAGACCAUCAUACCAGAUACUGCAAAUUCUCUGCAUCGUCCUGGGUCUUCUCCUUUUUUUGGCCAUUCUGACUCUAAUUAUCACCGUUUUGCGUCACAGGCGAAGGAAAAACGUUGCAGAUAGUGCCAAUCCCUGUGCCUCAACCACUGCCCCCAUCCUUCUAAAUCACAUCAUGCAAGUCUCAGCCACUGGAACACGCAACAACUAUCAGCAAGUCCCCACAAACCUCCCCAAAGAAGAAGCAACGGCAGUGCUGCCUACACCCCUUAGUGAAGACUCUGAUUCCGACUAUGAACACUAUGAUUUCAGCAGCAAACCACCUGUGCAACUGUCUACCUUCUACAGUGAGCAUCUCACCACUGCCAGUCAUUUGGUGGUGGGGGGGGUGACAGUGAUAUUCUGUGGAUUCUCCUACCCGUGUUUUGAAAGAACCUCCUUCUCCCCUUCCCCUGCAUCUGGGAGCUUGAUGAUGAAGUCUGUUUGGCCCCUGCUUUCAGAUUCUCUUCGAAACCGAGUGACUGAUGAAGACCCUCCCCGUUACAAUUUUGCAAUGCCAGCUAUGCACGAGGAGGGGGACAACAAGCACCCCACCUCAGAGGCCUAUCCACAAGCAGCAGGACCUGCGGCUGAAGACAGUGACAGCACCUCUUCUGGAGAUGCAGACUGGUAUGAGAACAUCCAGAAACCAGAGCAACAGGAAAGCCAUCCAGGAAACGAGCCUUCCUUUGGAGGUUCGACAGCUUCCCCUAGACCUUUGGUGAACUGCAAGGCUGGGCCUGGGAACAGCUCAUUUGACAGCAGCAGCAGCAGCGAUUAUGAUGACAUGUGGGCCUAAAGGGCAGGGAAGCAGCUGGGAUGAUGCCGCUUCAUCUGUCGUCAGCAACGCCUCCAUCAGAAACAGCCAAGGGUGAUGGCAAGGCUGAGAACUGAAAGGGACCUACCUGUUCCCACAGUCUGGGCCUCAAGGAUUCAGCAUUUUGGAAGAAGACCAAUUUCCACAAAGAUACAUGUGUGUCCAACUCCAUUCCCAGGACCAACUAGAAAUUUGUUGCAGUCACAGAGCCAUGUGUUUAUUCUGCCUGAGAUUUCCAACUUGUGCUAUUGUGAGAAUAACUAUAUGAGGGUGAAGAAAAGAACUGAGGCCUCAGAUAGAUUUCUUUUCCCCAUUUUGUAUGGCCAGCCGGCAGUGUACUGUCACAAAGCAGUUGAUCCACUGACAUUCCUACUGCCCCAGCAGGCUGACUUCUAGCUUCAAAAUCCAAGCAGCUGGAGCAGAAGCUUCUGGCAAUAAGCACUGGCCAGUCCCCUUGAAUGGUGGUACAUCACCAACACAGACUUCCCCAUAGCUGCUACCCAGGAUGGAUCUAAAACAAAGUCCUUGCUCUAGGAAUCAGAGCCUCUCUGACAGUUUCUUCCUUGGGGAGAGCUCUCAGUUAAAUGCCAGGGUUUCUUGGAUAAGGGUGGGAUGCUUUUAUGAUGGGAUUAGUCAAGGCUGUUCCACCUGAAGAAAGCCAGAAUUGCUGUUUCAGAGGCUCUGCUUUCUCCUCACUGUGGGGAAUGGGGCACGGAUUGCCAGGACUAGCCCCACCUCACAGCAGUUUUAGCUUUCCACUCAGGGCUUGUGAAGGCCUGUGAGCUCCUGAGAUGAAAGGAGGACAGCAGCUCCUUCUGCUACAGAAGCAAAUUUGGGGAAGAACCAGAGUUCAACUGGCAGCAAAGAGCUUUGCCUGCAGUCAGGCCCAGAUGCAGUCCAUGGUGUCUCCAGUUCAAAACAUCUCAUGUAACAAGGCUGGGAAGGACCUUGGCCAGACACCCUGGAGAGCUGCUGAUGCUAGGCUAGAUGGACCAACGUUCUGACUAGAUAUAAGGCAGCUUCAUAUAUGGUCUAAGGCCAGGGCUGAGAAACCUGUGGGCCACCGAAGAACUCUGACUGUCAGCCAUGCUGGCUGGGGCUGAUGGGAAUCCUGCAAUUUCCAAAAAGCCACACACAGCAAUGACAGCUGCUCUAUGUGUCUGGGAGUAUACUGUCUGGGUUAACUGUAAGCCCCCCCCCCCGCACUUUGUGCUGCACUGUAGCCAGGACCGGAAGCAUCUAAUGGCAGAAAUGAAUGUAUCUGAUGAAACCCAAGCACAAGCAUCUUCUAUUUAUUAAGAGAGUUGCAUUCUCCUGAAGCGGGGAUCAAAUUCUUAUUACUCAUCCCAGCACGGUAAGGUAGACAGUGGCACUUUUGUGAUGAUGGCGAAUUGAAUAUCUGCUUUUUAUUCUCCUUGCAGAUUUUGGAAUUGGAGGUGCAGCCUGCGAGGGAGGGGUAGGGGGCUGCUGGGCCCCCAGAAGCCAGAAUCAAGAGCCAGGGAGCGACUGCUGUUUGAGCUCUCCCAGUCUCUGGCACUCAUUGUCUGUGAGGUUCUCAAGGGCCCUGUCUGGUCCCUGUCUCUUCCAGAUCUUCAUAAGAGGGUAUUAAGUAGAGCAACCCUAAUUUACAUCUAUGCUAGAGCAGGGAGGCAUUUCAGAGAUUGGCUUGUAGAGUCAUCAACCACAUCCAUUGCUUUGCCAUUAUUGCUGCGGGCAGUGGGGAAGAUGGGGCAGCCUGUUUGUCUUCCCUCCCAUUAACUACAAUAGAGGGGGUUAUUUGCGUCAACCCUAGGGGCUGCUGUGGAGUUUCUCCAUUUCUGUGGAUGGGUUGGGGGAAAGGUGGCAUAUCUGUGCCUAUGUCCAACUUGCCCUGUUUCCACUCCCACCAGUGGAAGCCCAUCUGUGCUCUUCACUGGUGUGCCGGGACAUUCUAGCAAUGUAAUGCCAUUCUGCCAGCAAACUUCUGUCUCUGCCAGCAGAGAGAUACAUAAUGCUAUGCCACUUUCUAAGGCUCCUCAGGCAGCUCUAGGGUGGGGUUAGGAUUCUUCCCUUAGCACAUUUCAUUUUUCAACAAAGUCGUUUUUUAAAAAUAUUUUGAUGUCUACGCAUAAGAAUGAAAAGAGUGAAUGCAACAAAUGUGUACC